GUUCCGCAUCCCGACGAGAUACUUGCAGCGCUCGAAAUUAGCCUUCGGAAGGUUCUUAGUAAGGAAAUCGGCUGCUUGAUCUUCUGUUCGUACGAACUCAAAGAUAAGCGAUUGUGCGCUGCAUCUCCUUCCACUUGCGGCCUUCUGGCUGUAGCACGUUCUGCCCCAAGAAGCUGGCAGCAUGUGCGACGUCUACCCGCGUACAAGAGACGGGGUACAUCACCGAUCCGACGCGUGACUGGUUCAUGCCCAGGAACAACGUGGCUCGCGGGAUCUGCUUCACUUGAAAAACGGCUGCAAGGAGUCUCUUCCAUGUCAUUGUGGUUGAGCGUCUCCUCAGUUGGCUCCCACACCCAAUCCACUCCCGGUUGGGAGUUUGUGAUCAGCUCCAGCAGGGGGCCUGUAUUGCGUCAUACAGCCCCAUACCCGAAGAAACUUCAGAAGGCUGAUGUCAACCGCUUCUGCCGCUGCUGCCACCGGAAGUUUCAGCUGCUGCAGUUCGGCCACUGCAGUGUUUUCCAGCAUG